AUGAGUGGUGGUCGGGCCUCUGAGGGUGCGGGCUGUAUCAACUUCUGGGGUUUCAGUCCUGCGCGUGACCUGCUGAGCACAGGCCCUGAGAGACAUGAAGGGGAGGUCAAUGUUUUACUGGUUGGCAGUGGAGAUCCACGACACAUUCUGAAGACCAUUGCGGGUUUGCCAGACAAAGACAGCCUUCAUGUGUGGGUGAUUGAAAGCAGCAUGGAGGUGGUAGCAAGACAGCUGCUGCUCCUCUACCUGGCACUGAUGCCCCAGGAAAGCAUGGGGCUUAGUGAGAAAACAGAAGUUUUUUUGGAGGUGUUUGGGAACGGUGAGAUCCGCAGUCAGACAGAAGAGACGCUGAGACGUGCAGCAUCACAGCUCAUUCUAUCUGUCACUGACACACUGGAAACAGCCACACACCCCUGUCUGAAUACAAGUCUUCUCAAGUUCAAGGAGCGAGAUGAGCUGGCCAGGAUUUUUAAGUUGUGGAUGAAGCCUCAGUCUUCAACUGCUCCUAUCUUAAUGUCAAAAGCCUGGGAUUAUCGAGUCCGACAGCAUCUUGGGACACGCUAUGACUCCCAGAGGGGCUGCUUUGACUGGGACCUGACUAUGAAGUUGCAUGAGAAAGGGUGCGGUGUCAUUAACAAACAACAGUAUGUCCGAUGGAGGGAACGGGGCUUGGCGUUCGAAAUGAGGGAAGGUGUCUACCAAAUAACCAAUCCAAGUUUGCUCUCUUCUAGAGUGUUCAGUAAGAAAGGGGAGAAAGUGGCAGUGAUGGGCUACUGGGGAGAUAUAGUGUCCAGUCCUUACCUCUCUUUCGGCAUUGAAUCUGAUGACAAGAGUCUGCUGAAGACACAGAACGGGCAACACAUGAAGACAGCUCAGGAUGUCUCCUUUGCAAAUGUGCAGGCUUUGUUCCAGUCCUUGUCCAGUAGACGGGGCUGCCCCACUACUACUCAAUCAGUGGCAGAAGAGCCAUCCACAAAGCCUGACCAAAAAUCUGUCACCAUUAAUGACCUGAUGCAUCUAAAUCAGAUCUCUGUGACCUUCCUGCCCAUGGAUUCAGUUCAAAAGCUGCCAGAAAAACAGAAAUACUCCCACUUUUUCAACACCAUCUACUUCUCAGCCAGCUGCAUGCACCAUUUGGGCCCAGCGAUGAGACAGAUUGCAGCACCAGACGCUGUGCUUGUCGUGGAGCUGGCCAAGUACUUUUUGGACCUUAAUAAAGAACAAGAGACAGGCUUUGCUGAGAAAGUGGUCAGCAUCGCUCUGGAGGCUGAAUUUGAACCGUGGCAUGUGGUGAAGAGCGACCACGUUCAUGCUUUUUUCAUAACACAGAAGAAGAUGUAA